CUGGGGCGGCACCCGAUGCAAGACGCGGAUUGUGACGCAGACGCGCGGCGUGCUCGGUGCGCAGGCGCUCUCGGCGGCGAAUCGGCGGUUUCCGGUUCCGCCGCCCUCUUUUUCUUCAACGAGGCUCCAGAGCGGCAGACGCAGAGAUGCAGAUCUUUGUGAAGACCCUGACGGGCAAGACCAUCACCCUCGAGGUCGAGCCCAGUGACACCAUUGAGAAUGUCAAAGCCAAAAUUCAAGACAAGGAGGGUAUCCCACCUGAUCAGCAGCGUCUGAUAUUUGCAGGCAAACAGCUGGAGGAUGGCCGCACUCUCUCAGAUUACAACAUCCAGAAAGAGUCCACCCUGCACUUGGUACUUCGCCUCCGAGGUGGCAUCAUUGAGCCUUCUCUGCGCCAGCUUGCCCAGAAGUACAACUGUGACAAGAUGAUCUGUCGCAAGUGUUAUGCCCGCCUGCACCCCCGUGCUGUGAACUGCCGCAAGAAGAAGUGUGGCCACACCAACAACCUUCGCCCCAAGAAGAAGGUCAAAUAAAGCUCCUCCACUGGCUCCUUUCCCCAAGGAGUGGCCUCCUGCCCAAGCCCCAUGUAUGGCCUUGGGACCUCAAUAAAAUUUCCCUUACAUUGACUGGAGCAGUAA